AUGGCGCAGUGCGUGCGUCGGCUGGUGCUGGCGGCGACGCUCGCCGCUGCGGUGGCGCUGCUGCUGUGCACGAGCAGUGCGCCGGUGGCGCGUGCUGAUGGGACGGGCAACUUCACUGAGGAGCAGCGGACGCACACGCUGGCGGUGCUGCAGGCGUUUGGGCGUGCGAUCCCUGAGCUUGAGAAGAAGUGGACGGGCAACGACUUCUGCUCGUGGGACCACGUAGCGUGCGUGUCAGUCAACGUCUUCGUAGGUCUCAAUGUUUCGACGUAUGCCGGCACGCUGCCGGAGAUACCUGUGAACGUCGACUACAGGCACGUCAUGAUCCGGGACCUGGGGUUCUGGAAUAUGCCACUGCUGAGCGGGACGCUGCCGGACAGCUGGAGCCAACUGGGAGGACUGCUCUCCGUUACGUUGUCGGGCUGCGGCGUGAGCGGUACACUGCCCGCCUCAUGGGGCUUGAUGGUUCGUUUACGUGAAUUGACUGUGAGAGAUUGCAGGCACCUCACCGGCAGCCUGCCUUCUUUGUGGAGCUGGCUGCCUAAUUUACAGAAGCUGGUGCUGAGGCAACUGCAGCUGAGCGGUACGCUGCCGGCUGAGUGGAGCCGGGUGACGUCACUGCUUGAGCUGGAGAUCGUUGCUGCAGGCGACAUCACCGGCACGCUGCCGCCCGAGUGGAGCUCGAUAAAAUCGCUGAGAACUCUUAAUCUGGAGGGUACUCAGGUCUCCGGCACACUGCCCCCGGGAUGGAGUGAGAUGAAAUCGCUGACCAAUCUCGAGCUGGAGGGUACUCAGGUCUCCGGCACGCUGCCCCCAGGAUGGAGCUCGAUAAAAUCGCUGAGAACUCUUAAUCUGGAGGGUACUCAGGUCUCAGGCAGUCUGCCGCCCGAGUGGGUCUCGAUGGCAUCGCUGAGAACUCUUAAUCUGGAGGGUACUCAGGUCUCCGGCACACUGCCCCCGGGAUGGAGUGAGAUGAAAUCGCUGACCAGUCUCGAGCUGGAGGGUACUCAGGUCUCCGGCACGCUGCCCCCAAGAUGGAGUGAGAUGAAAUCGCUGAGAACUCUUAAUCUGGAGGGUACUCAGGUCUCCGGCAGUCUGCCGCCCCAGUGGGUCUCGAUGGCAUCGCUGAGAACUCUUAAUCUGGAGGGUACUCAGGUCUCAGGCAGUCUGCCGCCCGAGUGGGUCUCGAUGGCAUCGCUGAGAACUCUUAAUCUGGAGGGUACUCAGGUCUCCGGCACACUGCCCCCGGGAUGGAGUGAGAUGAAAUCGCUGACCAGUCUCGAGCUGGAGGGUACUCAGGUCUCCGGCACGCUGCCCCCAAGAUGGAGUGAGAUGAAAUCGCUGAGAACUCUUAAUCUGGAGGGUACUCAGGUCUCAGGCAGUCUGCCGCCCGAGUGGGUCUCGAUGGCAUCGCUGAGAACUCUUAAUCUGGAGGGUACUCAGGUCUCCGGCACACUGCCCCCGGGAUGGAGUGAGAUGAAAUCGCUGACCAGUCUCGAGCUGGAGGGUACUCAGGUCUCCGGCACGCUGCCCCCAAGAUGGAGUGAGAUGAAAUCGCUGAGAACUCUUAAUCUGGAGGGUACUCAGGUCUCAGGCAGUCUGCCGCCCGAGUGGGUCUCGAUGGCAUCGCUGAGAACUCUUAAUCUGGAGGGUACUCAGGUCUCCGGCACACUGCCCCCGGGAUGGAGUGAGAUGAAAUCGCUGACCAGUCUCGAGCUGGAGGGUACUCAGGUCUCCGGCACGCUGCCCCCAAGAUGGAGUGAGAUGAAAUCGCUGAGAACUCUUAAUCUGGAGGGUACUCAGGUCUCCGGCGCGCUGCCCCCAGGAUGGGGUGAGAUGAAAUCGCUGACCAAUCUCUAUCUGGAGGGUACUCAGCUCUCCGGCAGUCUGCCCACGGAAUGGAGAGGGAUGAAAUCGCUGACCAAUCUCUAUCUGGAGGGUACUCAGGUCUCCGGCAGUCUGCCGCCCCAGUGGAGCUCACUGACAUCGCUGAGAACCCUUGAUCUGGAGGGUACUCAGGUCUCCGGCAGGCUGCCGCCCGAGUGGAGCAGGAUGUUGAGUGCCGAGAACCUGCAGCUGGAGCACUGCGACCUGUCCGGCAGUCUGCCGCCCGAGUGGUCUGCGAUGCCAAGGCUGCGUCUUGUCGGACUGAGGGGCAACCACUUCUGCGGGUGUGUGCCGGACUCGUGGGGCAAGAAUGCUGGUCUCCUUGUAAGAAUCGAGGACGAGCACAAGGGCAGGGACUGCAGGCUCGGUAACGACUGCCGCACGACUGAACCCACCACCACUGCUACCCCAACAAACACGCCUACUCCUGCGCCCGCUCCUUAG